AUGUCGCUGAGGCUAAUAGCCAUUCUAACGGUGCUAUUAUCAACAAUAAUUACUCAGCAGCCAUGCCAGAACCUCUCCAGAUAUCAUUACCGUUGCAUCGAGCCAAAGAUCUCAAAUAUCACACAACAACCAAUCCCAUGCGAAGGAAACGGCUCAAGUUAUGUUUGGUGCGAAGUAGUGCCGGGCAUCGAUUGUGAUGGAAUAUUCCCAAAUCAAACCUUUCGCAAAGAGAUUCUGAACGCCUGUGAUCCAAAAUCUCAUCUCCACCACUCAACAGCCCUCUUACUUUCUAUAUUUCUCGGCUUCCUCGGGGCCGAUCGUUUCUAUUUGGGGUAUUAUGCCCUGGGGACGCUGAAGCUGCUCUCACUGGGUGGCCUUCUCGUCUUCUACCUCGUCGAUAUUAUUUUAAUUGCUUUAAAGCUGCUGGGCCCGGCGGACGGCACCGCUUAUUUGGCUCCUUACUAUGGACCAAAUACCUAUCCGCUUCGUCUUGACAACGAUACAAUGUUUGCUGUUUAUGUUUUCGCUUAUUUG